AUGACUGCAAUAUGCGACGGAGGGGGGGGACCACCAUUAUUGGGUCAAAUUCCGGAGAAAACCUCCCCAGGCACCAGUAGACUAAAUUGGCCGUACCUGAACAGGCGGCCAAUCCGCAACGCGAACAGGGGCAUCGAAAUCUCGCUUGUCUCGUUACUCGCAACCUUUUCUCUCUUACAGUACAUCGAUACCAAACUAAUCAACUUAGCCAGCCAGCCAGCGAUCCCUGCAAUGGUUGACACGUCCCGACAUCCCAGGAGGGGAAAAGCCAUGCAACUGAAACAUCCCGCAUGGGAAUCAGAGACAACCAAGAAUAGAUCUCUCCCAAACUUGGUAAUAAUGGUGGCUUACUUUAAAAAGUCAUGGAUACGAUACGGGGCUUGGAGUACCUACAAGCGCCAAGUGACCCGUCGAAUUGCUUACAACUCAAACGCAAUUCAGCUCCCGUCGACUUCCCACGCCUACUACGAUAGAAAAGAUGUUUCAGCUUCGCCAUGUCGCGGUCUAGAUAAUUCGAUAACUAGUAACCAUCCCAGAAGUCUGACUUAUUCCUUCUCCUGGGAAGAGACCGGCGAUCCUGAGCUGGUCGGAGCGCCAAUAGAAGGAGGAGCUGACGACAACUGA